AAGAUAUUUGAUAUUUUAACAUGCCAGGCCUAUUCAAGAUUAUGCAGACUCUAAUUUUACUUGGACUUGUUAUUGCUAAAUGUACAUGGACAGCAGAGGCACACAAGUAUAAGGGAUGCUUCAGUACAGAAAAACUGGAGCAUAGAGCUCUCAAGAUCCUUCAACGAAACCGUUACCAGACAGAUGUUCAUAUUGAUGAAACACAGUAUCACAAACUGGGUAUGAAGAAGACCUGCCCCACUGUGCUUCGUUCACAGUCAGUAGACUACAACAAUCGUUCCGUCUCCCCCUGGCGGUACAGCAUCGAUAGCAUGGAGGGACGAUUCCCUGAAAUGAUUGUUGUUGCUGAAUGUCUAUGCGAGGGAUGCCUCAUCAUUAAAGGGCCCGGACACCACGGGGCCCAACAUCAUGCAUAUAACUCUGUGCCUAUAGAGCAAACCCAGAUGGUAUUGAUGAAGACCGUAUGCCUGAACAACCCAGAAAAAUACUCACUUACAUCACACUUUGUCAAAGUGCCCAUUGCCUGCACCUGUGUCAGGAGUAGGAUAUGAUUGCCUCUCAUAGAGGACAGUUUUUAGACAAACUGUCGUGACAUGUUUCACAUUUUGUUGUUUGUUUUUCAAAUGCACUUAUGCUAUUGAAAGUAUUACACUUAAUAUGCUUAUGGAUAAUAAGCUAUAGAGAAUACAUGCAUUUUUAUAUGAGACCAAAUUAUUUGUGUACAGUAUUUAUGUUUCAAGAUUGUAUUUAUUUAAUGAUCUAUUGACUAUUUAUUGAACUAGCUAUGUUCUAAAUCUGUUUAUUUAUAUAUGGUUUUUGUGACUUUUGUUAAUAGGCCUGUCUAUUCCUUUUAACAUCAAUGUGUUCUUCUGUUGUUGUUUUCCCAUCAGCUGCUCCACAUAGUCCUGAGUGGCGCAGCGGUCUAAGGCACUGCAUUUCAGUGCUUGGGGUGUCAAUACAGACACCCUGGUUUGAAUCCAGGCUGUAUCACAACCGGCCAAAAUUGGGCGGCGCACAAUUGGCCCAGCGUUGUCCGGGUUUGGCUAGUGUAGGCCAAGAUUUUGUUUUUAACUGACUUGCCUAGUUAAAUUAAGGUUACACACACAUAUAUAUAUAUAUAUAUAUAUAUCCAUAUAUAUAUAUAUAUAUCCAUGGAUAUUGAUUGGUAGUGAUGCAUUUAUAGAAAUGUAGCAUCAUUUAUGGGAUUUUAUUGUUGAUUCCUUAAUAAAGAUGCCUAAUGAAA